ACCGCGGCGCCUUGAAGUGGAGACAAAUUGUCCUCUCUUAAAGACGCGAAUGGCUCAACUAGCCACUUAACGCUGGACCGGGUGACAGACAUGCAGGGAUUAACGGAUUGGCCAAGCCACCGGUCGCAUCCGCAGCUGGUGCAUGUCGGGAGGAAUUUCAGGUAGGCGCCUAUCUCAUGGCCACUUAAGACUCCUCCAAGAAAGGUCUUGGGGUGCCUGCGUAACCUCAAGCAGCCAGCGCGUGAAGGGCUAUAUUGCCAGCGUAUCUCCCCGAAAAGCUGACAGGCAGCCUCUUUGAUUGUCAGUCCCGGGAACAAUCCCCAUGUCCACAGAUUCCACAUCUACCGCAGCCAUCAUCGAUGGCUGGAUUGACGAGCCCGAUGGACGAGGAACCUGGUCCAUUCUCUCGAGUUGUCUACUGACUAUUGUAUUGUGUUGCUGGACGGCUGUCAUGCCCAACAUCCCUGCCCGCUCCGACCGAUGGUAUCAUGGCCUGCGCGACCGACUGCAUUUGGCCGCGCUGGGGCUCCUGGGCCCUGAAUUUCUUCUUAUGCUGGCCUUGGGGCAGUGGUCCUCCGCGCGAGCGUCUGUCAAGGAAUUUGAGCGACUAGCGACGACGGAGACCACCGAGCGACCCAUUUGGACCUUAACUCAUGCCUUCUAUGCGGAUAUGGGGGGAUUCUUGGUGGAUGGUCCGGGAACCGAACGUCCAUUUCCAGUAAACGCGAAGCAGCUUCGAUUCCUCAUCGAGAAGGGGUACGUCAAGUACCCUAUGAUUGACGAAGACGACAUCAACGAUCGAAACAAAUCCGACGCUUUCUCUCGUGUGAUCGCAGUCUGCCAGGCACUCUGGCUGCUCGUCAACUGCGCCAUGCGUGUAGCCCAGGGCCUGGCACUGACUACGUUGGAGCUCACCACCAUCUCCUUUGUGGUUGUGUUCCUAGUGACGUCUUUCUGCUGGCGGUUCAAGCCAUCAGACAUCUCAAGUACACAGACUCUGCACUCUAACACCAAUUUUGACAUCAUGCGGAAGCAGCACUGCCCAUAUCCCUUGCAAGAAUGGCACGAGACUCCCCUCGACUUCGUGUGCAACGAUGUAUCUUUCUGUGCAGUGCACUGGCGCUACUACACGGAAAUCCUGCGCAAAAUGCAUAUUCCUAUGUUUUCACGCCCCAUGACUGCAAAACCACGCGAUCGCAUUGUCAGUGAUAACUUUCCCGUCACCGACCGGAAGGCCGAUUGUAUUGCUACCCCUGUUCUGCUCCUAUUCGGUUCGAUCUUCAUGCUUGCUUGGAACUUCCACUUUCCUUCCCCCACCGAACAUCUUUUGUGGCGUGUCGCUAGUAUCUACAACUUGACAUUCACCGUCAUCGGUGGACUGCAUGCUGGUUAUUGCGACAAGAUCUUGCUGCCCAGGGAGUAUAAACGGCGACUCCUUCUUCCCUUGUCGAGACCAAAAACUUCCACCAACCCAUCCCGGCAGCGGUCGUGCCUGCGAAAUUUAGCAGCCAAGUUGAGAAAUAUCGACCCGUAUCGCGAUCCGAAGAGGGAGGUUCCCCUUCGCGUCUUAUUUCCUACUUCUGUGCUCUGUGCAGCUUACUGCGUGGGUCGCGCGUACGUUCUUACGGAGGACUUUAUCGGAUUGCGCAGCCUGCCUGCCACUGCUUUUCAGACGGUUAGCUGGUCGGACUACGUCCCACAUCUGUAGGCAGAGCUUGCACAGCGGCCGAUUCGGUUCAGUGUUCAGAUCUUUAUAUGUAAUAACACACAGAAAUAUUCUAUUUACUACAAAUCUUCAAAUUCACAAGGCCACCCAGGAAUUUCAUAGCGAUAGUUACCCCCCAACAUGCAGAAUAAACGCCAAACAGAGCAUUACAGUCGUUGAAUUUCAUCAUCCCAUCUAACCAAUAUCAGACUUCCAGUCGGUGAACGAGGAGUUUCAGGACCCAGUUCGGGCAGCCCGAUUCCUUUUCCACCCGAUCGAUCUGAUGCCGGAUUUCACUCAUCAGGCCCCGAAGUGUUCUUUUUGUGUACGUCAUGCUUCCGCUCUCGUGGAG